AUGCCUCUAAUACUUUUGAGUGGCUACCCCAGUGCGGGCAAAAGUCGACGAGCGCAGCAAAUAAAAGAAGCGUUUGAGGCGAGGUUGGGUGAAGAAGUCACCGAAGUCCAUGUGGUGAGUGAUGAGAGCUUGAAUAUUCCUAAAUCAAGCUAUUACGAGAGAGAUACCGAAAAGAUGGCCAGAGGCGAGCAAAUGUCUGCGGUCAAACGGCUAUUAACAAAGACGUCUUUGGUUAUUCUCGAUAGUCUUUCUUAUAUCAAAGGAUUCCGCUACCAACUUUACUGUGACGCCAAAGCACUUGAAACUAACAGCUGUGUAGUCCAUGUCGGCACGUCUGCAGAUCAGUGCAAUCAAUGGAAUAAUGAGCGUACCGACAAGUGGCCACAAGACCUGUUCGAUGCCUUGGUAUUCAGGUACGAAGAACCCAACAGCAUGAACCGUUGGGAUUCUCCUCUAUUUAUUUUGACGCCAGAAGAUCCGCUACCCAUGGCAGAUAUUUGGCAGGCUGUCAUCUUAAAGAAGCCCAUCAAACAAACCCAAGCGACUUCAAUCAAACCAGUAGCUCCCACAGACUAUCUAUCUGUGUUGAACAAUACGACGGCGUCUAUUGUGAAACAAGCUCUCGAUAUGCAUCGUGACAUGGCUGGGUCCGCUGUCACGCUGAAUGGAAUCCGCGUCCAGUUGCCGCUUAAUCUAUCUGCACCUCAGCUCAACCGAAUCCGCAGAAAUUUCAUUCAAUUGAACAAAACUGCAACAAUUCCUGUUGAAAGCAUUGAGCCCUUUUUUAUCGAGUUUCUUGAAAAGAACUGGGAUCUUUGA